CUUUUCUUCUCUCUCAUUUUCCUAUUGCCUGCCGCCUUUCCUGCCGUCGCCGCCGGUGUAAAGGGCCGGAUGGAAGGGACGAUGCCGUUGGCUUCUAAAAGCGUCGAUCCAACAUUGGAGCCAAGAAAUUUUUACUUCGGAGCAGUGAGUGCGUUCUGUUAUCUUGAUGAUUUUCGGCUCCGAUCAGGCGCCCUCACACAUCGAGUCGAUGCUCAAGGCUCAGAUUGAAGCUUCCGUGGUGCUGACCUAUGCCUGGAGGACGGAUCUGGCACUGUUGAGUGCUAGAUUGGGCUCAAAGAGAACACCAAAACACUAGGGUUUCGUAGCGCCGAUUGGUUUUCCGAGGUGCCAGUGGAGCCAAGAUCCAAGUGGCCACCUUCAUUUAUCUCGGAAUCUUAGACUCUUUCGAUCUCUCGAUCUCACAUCUUCCUCUCUGCACAUGACGUUCACAUUAGGUGGAGGAUCAUAUGUUUUAUCAUAUUCCAAGCAUUCUUAUCACAUCAAAAGAUUACUCAGAAAUUGCCACAAGGUGCUACUUGGCGGUUAAACACACUCAUUUCAUGCCAGAUCCAUGCAUGUUUAUUCUUCAUGGAUGAGUUGGGUUUCAAGACAUGCUAAUUCUACCUCUGGCUGACAGGUUAUCAACGGAACUGUUUCCUCAAAAAUUCUAUAGUGGCCUCGCACAUGUGAAAUUUGGGUGUAGGCGUGCCACUUACUUUGCUGAAAGUAAGAAAGGAAGACUUUCUCAACGAUCCUCUCCUUCCUCAUGGUCUUGAUGAUUUGAAGGCAGAAGUACGAGAUCCUCUAGAGGAGGUAAAUUUGGGUACUGAGGCAGAUUCGAAAAUUACUUUUAUUAGCGGUUGCAAGCAGUGACUUUACUGGUGGAGUAAAUCGCUCAAGGGGAAUUCUGCCAGUAGAACUUACCGUUAGAAAUAGAACUCUCAUGUGUGUGAAUGUUGGAUUAAAAUGAAAUUUGCGCCUUCAAAUGAUUUGCAAAAGGAGGAAAUACCUUUUUGCAAAUUGGGUUACGAAAUCUGCAUUGGACAAUUCCAAAGACCGUGUGUUCUUCCUUCCAAAAAUUUUUUUGUGUUCUCCUUGUGCUCAUAGUAACUUUCACUUUUUGCAGUUACUCAAUCAUGGGCAGUUUCUCGAAGUAAUGGGACAUCUCACCUUUUGAUCUGAUGCAUUCUAACCAAAUUCAGCAACCCAUUUCCUUCAUUUUUCACAAUGUACUGCUGGUUGAUUUCGUUCAAACAUGACAAUGUGCAAUUUCAACCAAUAAAGAGACAAGGAGAUACAUAGAAGAAAAAUCAACAAAAGUUGUUUUGCCAACUACUCCAUUCUUCUCUCAUGUUCUUGAUUUCUUCAGCGGCUUCAUCUGCAAAGGCUGUGAAAGAAGGUAGUUGAUCCUUGAUUUUAGAAGCAGAUUUUGAAUCAAGAACAUGAGAGAAGAAUGGAGUACUUGGCAAAACAACUUUUGUUGAUUUUUUUUCUAUGUAUUUCUUUGUCUCUUUGUUGGUUGAAAUUGCACAUUGUCAUGUUUAAACUUAUUGUUUGCGGUCACUUGUAUUCAGAUUUCACACGUGCGAGACCACUAGAGAAUUUUUGAAGAAAGAAGAGCUGAAUGGUUAAACUGCAAGCCUCAUUAACACUUUGCCAAUGGGAUUAAAAAUGCCAUUUUUUAGCAGUAUUAUUUCUUAACAAUGUUAAUGUGCAAAGUCAAAUUCUCUUUUUCUCAAAAAAUGGAUGUGAAGUUCUGAUUCGUAAACUAGCAUAAUUAGAAAGAGUUAGAUUACUGUAUAUAUAUAUAUAUAUAUAUAUUUGAAGGGCAAGUGUUAGAUCACUGUUGAGUUUCUGUUGUGGUUUUCUGUCCUUGAAUUUGUCCUGGUGUGCGGCAUAUAUUGUAUUUUUGCUCUACAUAAUUAUAUCAUGUUGCCUUCUUGCGAGUGAAAAAAAGAACUAUCUUAAU